AUGGGAGAGGCCCAGUCGAUGAAUCACGGGCAGCGUCAAGCUCAAUGCACCUUAUCACAGCCGGCUCAUAGUCUUCCAUAUGAAGUUGUCAUCAAGGAGAUAGGCUCCGACGCGGAGAAUGGUUUGAACAGCUCGGAAGCCCAGAGACGAUCAGAACAGUAUGGGAGAAAUGACCUUGGGAACACGGAAUCUGUCCAGCCUGCCAAAAUGUUACUCCGGCAGAUUGCAAAUGCUAUGACAUUGAUUUUGACCAUGGCUAUGGCCGUGAGCUUUGGUAUUAAUGCGUGGAUUGAAGGAGGUGUGCUAGCAGCAGUCAUCAUCAUCAAUAUCAGCAUUGGUUUUGUCCAGGAAUACCAGGCAGAGAAGACCAUGGGCUCACUUCGAUCAUUGAGUUCCCCAACAGCAUGUGUGGUACGGGAUGGGCGUCAAAUCAUUAUUGCGACUGCAGAAAUUGUACCCGGUGACAUAGUAGAGAUGAAGACUGGUGACACUGUCCCAGCAGAUGUAAGGCUCAUAGAAUCGGUCAACCUGGAGACAGAUGAGGCUCUGCUCACUGGCGAAUCCCUGCCGGUACGGAAAGAUGCCGACGCAACUUUCAGCGAUGAUACUGGACCCGGUGAUCGUCUUAAUGUCUGUUUUAGCUCAUCUAUUGUCACCAAAGGUCGCGCAAGAGCCAUCGUCUUUUCAAUAGGUAUACAUACGGAAAUCGGAUCCAUUGCAGCUGCACUUCGGGCAAAGGGUACGCGGCAUAGGCAUGUAAAGCGUAACCCAGACGGAUCUGCUAGUUUUUAUCGCUAUAUUCAAGCUGGCUCUUUAACCGUUUAUGAUGCUAUUGGUGAGAUUCUGGGACUAAAUGUCGGUACGCCGUUGCAGAGAAAACUUUCCAAGCUUGCGCUCAUGUUACUCGGAACUGCAGUCAUCUGUGCUAUUAUCGUUCUUGCUGCAAAUAAAUUCAGCAACCACCAGGAAGUUAUUGUUUAUGCAGUAGCCACUGGUCUAAGUAUGAUACCGUCUUCCUUGGUGGUAGUCUUGACCAUUACCAUGACUGUUGGAACGAAACGGAUGGUAAAGAGACAUGUCAUUGUGCGAAAUUUGAACUCUUUAGAAGCUCUUGGAUCAGUUACCGUCGGUCAAUCAAGCCAGCCGUUCAACCCUAGGGCUGGUAAGCUGUACCUUGAACACAAUCAGCCACACAAAAUAGAUCAUACAAGGAGCAAAGAUACUUCUGAGUGUGAAUAUACCAAAAUAGAGAACGAUCGUCCACUUGAUGAGUUCCUCAAAGUUGCAUCCCUGGCCAAUCUUGCAGUUGUUCGUGAAGCUGCCACUGGAGACUGGGAAACACAUGGGGACCCUACGGAAAUCGCCAUUCAGGUCUUUGCUACUCGCUUCAACUGGAACCGUGCUCAACUAAUUUCUGGAGACAAACCGGCAUGGACUCAACUUGCUGAGUUUCCAUUUGACUCGGAUGUCAAGAAAAUGUCCACUGUUUUUAAAUCAUCGACUGGUGAUGUGUUUGUAUUUACUAAAGGAGCUGUUGAACGAGUGUUGUCAUCAUGUUCAGCAAUUGAAUGCGUUGACGGUUCGGAGUUGGAAGCAAUAAGCCCCGAGAUCAAGGAUGACAUUUUGGCUAACAUGGAAGCCUUUGCUGCACAAGGCCUUCGUGUUCUUGCUCUUGCUAGCAAACCACUCUCAGCCAUGAGCUGCAACAACCUAGACCUAGAUCGCAAAGAGGUCGAGCAUGACUUGGUUUUCCGUGGUUUGAUUGGACUCUACGAUCCUCCCCGCCCAGAAUCCGCGCCUUCAGUGCGUCGCUGCCAUGAAGCCGGUAUUUCUGUCCACAUGUUAACAGGCGAUCAUCCCAGCACAGCGAGGGCAAUUGCCACAGAAGUAGGAAUUCUUCCAUCUCAUACUGAUAUGCUGAGUAAAGGCACCCUUGAUUCCAUGGUUAUGACUGCUCAGCAGUUUGAUAAGCUAUCAGAUACCGAGAUUGAUACCCUCCCUGAGCUCCCCCUGGUAGUGGCACGAUGUGCACCCAAUACCAAGACGGGUGACGGAGUUAAUGAUUCGCCUUCUCUUAAGAACGCUGAUGUUGGUAUAGCGAUGGGUUUAGCCGGAUCUGACGUUGCGAAAGAUGCGUCAGAUAUUAUCUUGACUGAUGAUAACUUUGCUUCAAUUCUCAAUGCCAUCGAGGAAGGCCGGCGUAUAUUUGAUAAUAUACAGAAGUUCAUAUUACACGUUCUUUCCCAGAAUUUCGCACAGGCCAUAGUUCUACUUCUUGGCCUUGUGUUCAAGGAUGCGGAUAAUUUAUCUGUUUUCCCAUUGAGCCCUGUUGAGAUUAUUUGGCUUGUUAUGAUUACUUCGGGACUUCCAGACAUGGGGCUCGGUUUUGAGCAGGCGACGAUGGAUAUUAUGCAGAGGCCUCCACAUAGGCGUGGCAUUUUUACUUGGGAGGUGAUGUUAGACAUGGUUGUCUACGGCACCUGGGUUGCUGCGUUGUGUUUAGGAGCCUUUACACUAGUAAUCUACGGCUUUGGAGAUGGUUACCUUGGAACAAACUGUAACAAGGUCUACGAUGGGUGUGAACUAGUCUUCCGAGCACGAGCGACUACCUUCGCAUGCUUGACAUGGUUCGUCCUCUUCCUAGCCUGGGAGAUGGUUGAUAUGCGCCGCUCAUUCUUCAACAUGAGGCCCUCAUCUUCAUCAUCUGGUAUCACUCCACAGUGGUGCCGCGACAUUUGGCAGAAUCAGUUCUUGUUCUGGGCAAAUAUCUCCGGAUUUGUCAUCGUUGUUCCACUCUUAUACAUUCCCGUUAUAAAUAGGAAGGUUUUCCGUCAUACAGGCAUAACGUGGGAAUGGGGAAUUGUCCUGGUAGGUACGGUCUUGUUUUUCGCUGGGGCAGAAACCUGGAAACUGGCGAAGAGGGUAUAUUUCAGGCGGAAGGCGCGUUUGGUUCUUGGGGUUGGUAAACAAACACCUGACAUUGAGAGCAGUAUGUCAGUAUACCAAGAGAAGUAG